CGUGCAUCCUCGAGGAGGACGACCGACGUCAGUCAGAUCGAUACAGAGACGAAACUGUCAGGAUGGCUACCGAUAAGAAGCAAAAGCCCUCCGCACUCCGCUCGAUCCUAGCAGGCGGUAUUGCCGGUGGUAUCGAAAUCGCAAUCACCUACCCCGCCGAAUUCGCCAAAACGUCCUAUCAACUCCGCGACUCCGGCGAUGGUAAGCCCCGUCUCCCACCCUUCGGGAAACAGUGGUACACGGGUUGCUCCACCGUCAUCAUCGGAAACUCCAUUAAAGCCGCCGUUCGAUUCCUCGCUUUCGAUACCUUCAAACACCUCCUCUCUAAAGAAGACGGAUCCAUUUCCGCGCCGGCGACGGUAUUGGCAGGUUUGGGUGCGGGUGUGAGUGAGAGUAUCUUUGCCGUCACCCCCUUCGAAUCAAUCAAAACCGCACUCAUCGACGAUCGCAAGGGACCUAACCCAAGACUCAACGGCUUCGUCCAUGGAACCUCCACAAUCAUCCGCGAAGGUGGGUUCAAGGCACUCUACAAAGGUCUCGUCCCUACAAUCGCACGUCAAGGUGCAAACUCGGCGGUUCGGAUGUCAUCCUACAACUUCAUGAAACAAGCAGCGACAAACUCCCUUUCCCCUGGCGAGAAACUCGGAACACUCUCCACCUUUGGAAUCGGAGCUACAGCGGGCGUGAUCACGGUCUACACAACUAUGCCCCUCGACGUGAUCAAGUCGCGUAUGCAGAGUUUGGCGGCAAAGACGGAGUAUAGGAAUUCGGCGCACUGUGCGUAUAGGAUCUUUACGGAGGAGGGCGUGCUGAGGUUCUGGAGCGGGGCUAUGCCGAGAUUGGCGAGAUUGGUUUUGAGUGGUGGUAUCGUAUUUACUGUGUACGAGAAGAUCAUUGACGUUUUCGAGAAGAGUAUGCCUCCAUCCCCCGGAAGUUAUUGGUAUCGUUGCUAA